CCAAAAAAAACAGUAGAAAUAGAUGGCUCCUGGCGAAAGUGCUCCACCCAGCGUAUCUCCACUCCGUUACGAGUCAGUACUCACUCAGUUCCAAAUCGGGCCUAAUACGGGUCGGUUCCGGGUCUACCCGAUCCGCUAACACUCCCGCCUCCGCCUCUAGCAAGCAUCUAUAAAAGCCCUCUGCCCUAGCUAUGGCGCGUCCUUAUCGCCUUGAAACGCUCACGUCUAGGUGGUCUUUUUGCUCCCCGGUGGCCGAGCUCUUCAGCGGCGUCGCUCCGAAGAACGAUGAAGAUAGCGGUCGAGGGCUGCAUGCAUGGAGAGCUCGACAAGGUCUAUGCGACGCUCAAGCACCUGGAGGAAGUGGAGAAUACCAAGAUCGACCUCCUUUUGUGCUGCGGGGACUUCCAGGCUAUUAGGAAUGAGAAUGAUCUAGAAAGCUUAAAUGUCAAACCAAAGUAUCGUAAUAUGAACUCAUUUUGGAAGUACUACUCUGGACAAGCAGUGGCUCCAUACCCGACCAUAUUCAUUGGUGGGAAUCAUGAAGCAUCCAAUUAUUUAUGGGAGCUGUAUUAUGGUGGAUGGGCUGCACCUAACAUAUAUUUCUUGGGCUAUUCUGGAGUGAUUAAGUUUGGCAACAUCCGAAUUGGAGGGCUUUCAGGAAUUUAUAAGCCAAGGGAUUACCAUUCAGGACAUUAUGAGAUGCCUCCAUAUGAUACGAAUGAUAUUCGAUCUGUAUACCAUGUGCGGGAGUAUGAUGUGAUGAAGCUCAAGGAAGUUAAGGGCCAGAUAGAUAUAUUCAUGUCACAUGAUUGGCCUCUUCGUAUCACUGAGUAUGGAAAUUGGGAGAAGCUUGUUCGACAGAAACCCUUCUUGAGACAAGAG